AAAUGAAAAAAAUAAAUAAAUAAAUAAUUCCGCGAAUCCAAGAUCUUGAUUCUUGAAAUAGAGUGUUGUCAGUUGAUGAGUAGAUCUAUUCUAGAAGAAAACUACAAACCACUAUAGUCUAAUUAAUAAUAAUCAUACUAUAAUGCCUUAUAAGGCUAAUGAGAUCUAUCUACAUCUAGAAUCAUUGAAACCUCAGUUUGGUUACAACAAUAAGCUGUGACAUAGUCUAUAGUAUAGUCUAUAGAAUCUAACUCUAGACCUACUUUAAUUUACAGUAACACACACAGACAUUCACUUUGGCCAAGUUUGGCACUAGACUAGAUGUCAUUCUAGAUCUAGCAGCAACACUAUUUUAAUUCAGACUAAUCAUCUAAUACUAUUAAUAAUUAUAUAUUAAUUUAUUAUUAGAUGUCACACUACUCUACAUCUUCAAUCAAUUUCAUAAAGACUAAAAAUAUAGUAAUAGUACAUUGUAUGAUUGUUAACUCAGGCCAGAGCUACCUCUGUUUCAACCCUCAUAAUGGUGCAAAUAAUAGUCCAGAUACCCACUGAAGGCAAGGAGUGUAAAGAAUGGGCCAUUGUAGAGCUUCAAGGUGACUUGGAAACAAGACAUCCUGUUCCACUAAACCACAAUUUUAUUGGGGAUUUACAUUUUACCCAUCAGGAUGCCCCUGUCCUGAUCAUUGGUCAUCACAUAUUACAAGGAAAAGUUAUUUCUCUUGAAAAACCAUUGGCAGUGCUUACCAAAUGUUCAGAAGCCAAUGACAGUAUAAUAUCAGCAGAAGAUACAAGUUCUCUAUCACAUGCUGCUCAUCGUUCAAGUUAUCAAGUCAAGGCUAUUAUAAAAAGAAAAAUAUUAUUUAAAACGAGACCUAAACCAAUCAUUGCUCAUGUACCCAAAAAAUUGUAAUUCUGUUUGUAUCUGUAGUGUUAUGGACUGUCAUAAAAAUAAAUAUUUUUUUACAUAAUG